AUGAAAACAGCCAAGGGAGUUUUAUUUUUGGAGCUAUACAAGGGAUGCAGGUGAUAUUGAGACUCUGUAAAAUUUUUAGUUUCAAGAGGAUUUGAAGCCGAAGGAAUUAUUGGAAUGUCAAAGGAUGUGAUCGGAGUAAUUAUAUCAAUUCUGUAUAACAGCAAAAUAAAAAGACUGUAUUGAGAUAUUUAUGAGUGACUGGUAUAUCUGCUCUGCCUUGUAUGGACAGGUUAA